AUGAAUGCGUCGGUGACCUGGGAAGCCGGUGCCCUCGAAGUACAAAGGUUCCGGAAAACAGGCCAAAUUGUGUCACUGAGUGAGUGGAACCCGCUGGACUAUUCUUGGUCUCAAGGCAGCGAGGGCUGCCAUGUUGGCCUGAUGAAUUAUGCCUUCCAGUAUAUUCUGAACAACGGAGACCUGGACUCAGAGGAAUCCUAUCCAUAUCGUCCAGGGGACAGACCCUGCACAUACAGACCUGGGCAUCCUGCUGCCAGCGCCACUGGCCCGGUAAGCAUGCCUCCGCAGGAGGAGUCCCUUGUGCUGGUGGUGGCAGCUGUGGGGCCCGUCCCUGCUGCUCUCCGUGCAAGCCUGGACACCUUCCGAUUUUACUUUCUAGGCAUUUAUUGUGCUCCAAACCGCAGCAGUGAAGAGCUGAAUCACGGCGUUCUGCUGUUUGUUUAUGGAUCUGAAGGAGAAGAAUCCGGGAACCAAAACUAUUGGAUUAUCAAGAACAGCUGGGGCACGGACUGGGGCACACAGGGUUCCAUGCUGAUGGCCAAGGCCCUGGACAACCAGUGUAGAAUGGCCACUGUGGCCAGCUAUGUGGGAGCUUUCAACCAGCUUUCAACCAGCAGGAAUGCUAAGUGGAAUUUGUGCUGA